AUGCAAUGUGGUUGGGAACCACCUAAAGAAGCUGUGAUCAAAAUAAACAUUGAUGCAGCAUUAUUAGCUAGAAUGGUAAGAACAGGACUGGGGAUAAUAGCUAGGAACUGGUGCAGAAUGAUAGUGGAAGCAAAAGGAAUCACUGAAUGCAAGAGAAGAGAAGCAGGCAAAGAGGAAGCACUAGCUAUAAGAAGUGCACUUGAAAUGGCAAAAGAUGCAGGAUGGACAAAUAUAGAAGUCCAAACAGACUGCAAAAGUGUUGUAGACCAAAUUAACACAAGCAAUGUUCAGGACAGUAGCAUAGAAACAGUCCUGGAGGACAUUGAUGACUUGAGAUAG